AUGGCUCAAUUUCGUCAAGACGAAUUCCUCAAAACAGUUGGUACCAUCGCCAACACGAACAAUCCCUUUGCGUUUAACGAGCACUCCAAUACGAUCUACCUAACCAAGUGGGUGUGGGUAUUCCGCAGAACGACGGCGAUAGUGCCCACAAGAAUCUACAACCAGUAUUUGGAGCUUGGCCUCCUGGAUGAGGGGCACACAAUUGGAAGUCCUUAUUAUGCUGACCCGUCUCAUGUGCUCGACGAAAACAAGCAAAUAUUUACGUAUCAACCCAUCUUCUACAUACCUGAGCCUAUUCAUGCGUAUACCAUAAUACGCGCCCAUCUACCAGGUUCAUGGAUGCCGCCCAGCGAAAAGUACGAAGCGAAAGUUUGCACGAAGGAUCUAAAGGAGUUCUCAUAUCAAACCAGUGUCGGCCCCGCUCAAUUUCACGAUCAGCUAAGAAACAGGCCAGACUACAGGAACCUAGAGAUAGGCACAUUAUCUAUAGGACAGUCUAAGAAGACCAAUAUCACUAACUAUGGCAUAGCCGUCUUGCUUUCCGUCAAUGUCAGUGCUUAUAAGGGCGACAUCCCUCGUAACCAUGUUCUUGAUAUUCUCAAGAGGUAUCGUUUUGAUUUGCCAGCGGGCAUUGAGCAUGAUUAUGCCAACUGGGAGAAGAUAUCAACGUUUGUCGGUUAUUCACUAACUCAAACCCGCGCCAGAGUGAAGAAAUUGAUUAAAGACAGUAUAAAGGCAAAUACCAAUAUAUUUUCGCUUGCGCAGAUGAUUGUUCACUCCACGCCUUGUCGCACGACGAUCCAGCUGUGCUCCCGUGUUGCGCUCAUGCGUGCGGUUCACGCCGAAUGCAAUGGUGGCGAAAAACGCAUGCACGCCUUGAAUUUAUCCGAACAAGAGCAGGAUCCUCGGCCUCUAAAACAGCGAGGGCAUUCAAUGAAAUCCUGA